GAAUGGACGAUCAGAAGCCGCGCCCUCAUUCGAUGAGGGCAAGCGCCUUCCUGGCAAUCGUGCUUGCCACCGGCGCAAUCACCUCGUGCAUGAUUUCAUUCCCCCUUAUCUUCACUUAUAUUCAGUCGCUAGAGAGUCAAGUGCAGACCGAACUCGACCUUUGCAAGGCUAGUAUCAUCAAAUUUCUUGCUUUUGGUUCUGCUCGUUUUGAGCACAACAGUGCGUUGUAAAA